CGGCGAUCGGGGCCGGGCGCGAUGCAUCUGCACCAGGUGCUGACCGGCGCCGUCAACCCGGGCGACAACUGCUACUCGGUGGGCAGCGUCGAGGACACCCCGUUCACGGCUUAUGGCUCUGGAUGUGAUAUUGUCAUCUUGGCAAACGACUUUGAAUGUGUGCAAAUUAUUCCUGGUGCUAAGCAUGGAAACAUCCAGGUCAGCUGUGUGGAAUGUUCUCAGCAAGGCAGGAUUGCAGCCUCUUAUGGAAACACUGUGUGUAUCUUUGAGCCCCUUGGGAUUAACUCUCAUAAGAGAAAUUGUCAGCUGAAGUGUCAAUGGCUGAAAACUGGACAGUUCUUCCUCAGCUCCAUGACCUUCAACUUGGCAUGGGAUCCUCAAGGUAAUCGCUUGCUCACUGCAACGGAUAAUUUGCAACUGUGGGCCCCUCCAGCUAACAAUGUGCUGGAAGAAGAGGAAGAAGAGGAGGAAGGGGAAGAUAAUCUUGACGUUGGGGUCAAAGAUGAUAAAAACCAUCCCGUCCUAAAUGACUGGAAAUGCAUCUGGCAGUGCAAGACAGCCGUUUCCGUGCACUUGAUGGAAUGGUCCCCCGAUGGGGAAUACUUUGCAACAGCUGGGAAGGAUGACUGUCUCUUAAAAGUGUGGUAUCCAAUGAUGGGCUGGAAAUCGUCUCUCCUUCCCCAGGAGGGAGAUGAAACCAGAAAGACUCCUGCGUCUGUCCAUUUUGCAUUUGUCUACCUUUCACAUCCUCGAGCAGUGACGGGAUUUUCGUGGCGACACACUAGCAAGUUUAUGCCCAGGGGGUCUGUUUGCAACGUUCUCCUGACUUCAUGUCAGGAUGGCAUUUGCCGGCUGUGGGCAGAGACAUUGCUGCCUGAAGAUACGCUUCUGGGGGAGCAGAUCUGUGAAACAAGCACGUCGAGCAUCAGCUCCAGCACCAGCUUCUCGCGUUCAGGAAGGCACAAAGACAACAUUCAGCAUGCUUUAGAAACAAUCCAUCAUCUGAAAAACCUGAGGAAGGGCCAGCGAAGGUCUUCGGUGCUUAUCACUCACGCAGAAGACCUACCCAACCAGUUGGGAAUCCAUGAAGUGCAGCGCCAUAUUUCUCAUCAUGCUAAUGCACUCUGCCAUUUCCACAUAGCAGCAAGCAUUAACCCCAACACUGAUAUUCCACCAGCAUUGGUGAAGACAGCUUUUCAUUUAGACGAAGGCAGUGAAGGCUUUGUGGUUCAUUGGCUAAAUAAUAAGGAAUUCCAUUUUACAUCUUCAACGGAGCUAUUUAUGCAGCACUUGCGAGAAUUGACAGAUCAGCAGAUCAAAGGAGCAGAAGAAGAUGUUUUUGAAAGAGAAGAUGAGGAGAAAGAGAGAGGCUUACUCAUGAAACUUGAUCAUGAGUUGUCUCUCGAUAGAGAAUCUGAAACAGGGACCGGAUCCUCAGAUCAUGAUGAUGGAGAAAAGGAGGGAAGUCCCAAAAUGCUUUCUCCAGUUGCUUCAUCGAUUCCACUUCCUACCAUUUUGCUUGACCGGAAGAUCGAGCUGCUGCUGAAAGAGUGGAACCAGAAUCCAGAUAUGCUCUUCACCAUUCAUCCUGUGGACGGUACCUUUUUAGUGUGGCACGUGAAACAUCUAGAUGAAUACAACCCAGGCAUCUUUCGACAAGUUCAGGUUUCAUUUUCUUCUCAGAUUCCUGUGGCCUUUCCUUCGGGUGACGCCAGCUCCCUCAGUAAACACAUCAUGAUGUACGCCUGCCCCACCUUCACAAAGGAAAGCAGCAUCGCCCCAGCAUGGAAAAGAACUGGUGUUUCAGACAGCCCUUCUGGAUGUAGACUGAGCAGGUUCCAAGAUCCAUCAAGUGGAAACCUGUGCGCUCCCACGGUCAUGAUGGUCUCCAAACACAUCGACGGCUCGCUAAAUCAGUGGGCAGUUUCUUUUGCGGAUCGAUCCGCCUUUACCACUGUCCACACUGUCACUCACAAGUUUCGGUAUUGUGGCCACCGGUUCCACCUCAACGACUUGGCAUGCCAUUCGGUGCUGCCUCUGCUGCUGACCUCAUCCCACCACAAUGCCCUCCUAACUCCCGAGGCUGAUCCCCCGUGGGACUUGGGAGGGUUAAAUAAAAGCGUGGAUCCCACGUAUCCCGUCCCGAGAGCCCCGUCCAGGCAGCAUCUGCAAAAUGCCGCCACCCGUACGUUCCACAACCCCGAUGCAAUUUACAGCGAGCUGAUUCUCUGGCGAGUGGACCCCAUCGGGCCUUUGUCCUACACAGGAGGAGUAUCAGAACUGGCGCGCAUUAAUUCUCUCCAUACCUCUGCUUUCUCGAAUGUGGCUUGGCUCCCAACUCUUAUCCCUAGCUAUUGUCUGGGGACAUACUGCAAUUCUGCCAGUGCCUGCUUUGUGGCAUCAGAUGGGAAGAAACUGAGGCUGUAUCAAGCUGUGGUAGAUGCUCGGAAGCUUUUAGAUGAGCUCAGUGACCCCGGGGCCUCUAAACUUAUUGGAGCGGUGUUUAAUAUAGUAAGCCAGCAGUCAACAGCUCGACCAGGAUGCAUUAUUGAACUGGAUGUCAUAACCGACCAGUGUGGGCCAAACACACAAUUACUUCAUGUCUUUCAAGAGGACUUCAUUUUGGGAUACAAGCCGCAGAAGGAAGAGGUGGAGCGGAAGGAAACGGAGAUAUUUUUCCAACCUUCUAAAGGCUAUCGGCCACCACCCUUCUCUGAAAAGUUUUACCUAAUUGUAAUUGAGAAGGACACCGAUGGCUGCUCAAUACUUCACAUGUGGCAUUUACAUCUUAAGUCCGUCCAAGCAUGUUUAGGAUCAUCCGCUGAUGUUCAUUCAUUGGGACACCAGUUAGCUGUUCCUGGGCAACCAAUGGCUGAUUCCACUCCAGAGACUUCGCUUGGCACAACUCCAAUGCUGCGUUCUUCAUCGGUGGCUAACCUCCAGACGGCUAGUAAACUUAUACUGAGUUCUAGCCUGGUUUACAGUUACCCCUUGGAUCUGCCACCUGGCGUGGAGGUUGUGCGAGCUACUCCUUCUGCAGGGCAUCUAAGCUCGUCGUCCAUCUAUCCUGUCUGCCUGGCCCCUUACUUGUUGGUAACGUCUUGUUCAGACAAUAAAGUACGAUUCUGGAGGUGUUCCCUGGAGACAGAAAAUAGCCAAGGUGAAACAAAGGAAACCUACCACUGGAAGAAAUGGCCUCUGAUGAAUGAUGAGCAAGAAGGCGCCAGCAGCACAGUUUGCAUAGUGGGAAGACCAGUAGCGGUUAGCUGUUCAUACACUGGUCGCUUGGCCAUAGCUUAUAAGCAGCCAAUUCAACAGAGUGGACUUGCUUCCAAAGAAUUUUCUAUGCAUGUGUGUAUAUUUGAGUGUGAAUCUACUGGAGGAUCAGAAUGGGUUUUGGAGCAGACCAUUCAUCUGGAUGACCUAGUUAAAGUAGGGAGUGUCCUGGAUUCAAGGGUUAGUGUGGACAGUAACUUAUUUGUUUAUAGUAAAUCCGAAAUCUUUUUGAAUAAGGACCGGUACCUUAUACCAAACAUCAAACACCUGGUACACUUGGACUGGGUUUCUAAGGAAGAUGGUUCCCAUAUACUUACAGUCGGGGUCGGUGCAAAUAUAUUCAUGUAUGGACGGCUCUCUGGAAUUGUGACUGAACAAACCAGCAGCAAAGAUGGUGUGGCUGUCAUUACUUUACCACUAGGUGGCAGUAUAAAACAAGGCAUCAAGUCCAAAUGGGUACUCCUGCGGUCCAUCGAUUUGGUGUCUUCAGUAGAUGGCACCCCGUCCUUACCUGUUUCUCUUUCUUGGGUAAGAGAUGGCAUCCUGGUUGUGGGAAUGGACUGUGAAAUGCAUGUCUAUGCUCAGUGGAAGCAUGCCAUAAAAUCAGGGAAUGGUGAAAGCAAUGGUUUUCUACCUGAUGGUUCCCCCGUUAAGGACCCACUCAAGACUAGCUUGCUAGCCAAAAAGGCCAGCAUCAUUGAUGGAGCAGGCAUUGUGGAUGAUGUUUUUGGAACCCCCGCCGUCAUUCAAGACGGCGGCCUUUUUGAAGCGGCCCACGUUCUUUCACCAACCCUCCCGCAGUAUCAUCCCACCCAGCUUCUAGAGCUGAUGGACUUGGGGAAAGUGCGCAGAGCAAAAGCUAUUCUUUCCCACCUUGUAAAAUGCAUUGCAGGGGAAGUUGCUAUCGUGAAGGACCCAGAAUCCACUGAUGGUAGCUCCAAGCGCCAUCUCUCCCGUACAAUUAGUGUAAGUGGCAGCACAGCCAAAGAUGCAGUCACCACCGGGAAGGAAGGCACCCGGGAUUACACAGAGAUCGAUUCUAUCCCUCCCCUACCAUUGUAUGCCUUGCUUGCAGCAGAUCAAGAUUCCACAUACAAAACUGAGGAAGCUCCUAAGCAAACCCAAGACCGAGAAGAUCAUACGAAGAGGAAGACCGAGGAUCAGUACUCAGAUCUUUUCCAGGUUCAGCAGGUUACAAUGGAUGACUUCACAGAUUUUGAGCCAGAGAGAAGAGAACAUAAAUCCAAAGUGAUUAACCUUUCUCAAUAUGGCCCAACAUACUUUGGCCAAGAGCAUGCCAGUGUCCUAUCAAGCCAUUUAAUGCACUCAAGUUUACCUGGACUCACUCGCCUAGAGCAAAAGUUCUUGGUAGCCCUAGCAGACACUGUGGCCACCACAAGUACCGAACUGGAUGAAAACCGAGACAAGCACUACUCAGGGAGAGACACUUUAGAUGAGUGUGGUCUGCGGUAUUUAUUAGCAAUGCGCUUACAUACCUGCCUUCUAACAUCCCUUCCACCUUUAUAUCGUGUUCAGUUACUUCAUCAAGGGGUUUCUACCUGCCACUUUGCGUGGGCUUUUCAUUCGGAAGCAGAGGAAGAACUGAUCAACACGAUCCCUGCCAUUCAAAGAGGAGAUCCCCAGUGGUCUGAACUAAGAGCCAUGGGAAUAGGCUGGUGGGUCAGGAAUAUUAACACACUUCGACGGUGCAUGGAAAAGGUUGCAAAAGCCGCCUUCCAGAGGAACAACGAUGCGCUGGACGCUGCUCUUUUUUAUCUUGCAAUGAAGAAAAAGGCUGUGGUGUGGGGACUAUUUCGUUCCCAGCAUGAUGAGAAAAUGACCCAGUUCUUCAGCCAUAAUUUCAGUGAAGAUCGAUGGCGCAAGGCUGCCCUGAAAAAUGCCUUCGCUCUUCUGGGGAAGCAGCGCUUUGAACAGUCAGCAGCUUUUUUCUUAUUAGCGGGCUCGUUAAAGGAUGCUAUAGAGGUAUGUCUUGAGAAGAUGGAAGACAUCCAGCUUGCUUUAAUAAUCGCUCGCUUGUAUGAGUCCGAGUUUGAAAUCUCCUCCACUUACACAGCCAUCCUUUAUGAAAAGAUUUUGGGCUGUAAGAGAGAUGGAACCAGAUUCUGUUGCACAAAAUUGCAUCCAGAUCCUUUCCUGCGAAGUCUGGCCUACUGGGUAACAAAAGAGUAUACGAGAGCCCUUGAUACCUUACUGGAACAGACCCCCAAGGAAGAAGAUGAAAAUCCAGUGAUUGUCAAAUCCUGCAAUCCUGUGGUGUUCAGUUUCUACAACUACCUGCGUACCCACCCCUUGCUCAUCCGAAGGAAUUUCUGCUCACCCGAUGGAACAUUAGCUACUUUGGGACUGCAGGCAGAGAAAAGUUUUGUUGACAAGAUUAACCUCAUUGAAAGAAAGCUGUUCUUCACCACUGCAAAUGCUCAUUUCAAAGUAGGUUGCCCUGUCCUAGCUCUGGAAGUGCUUUCAAAGCUUCCCAAAAUAAGGAGCAAGUCCAUGCUUUCACCCGAGAAAGGGGAGCCCAGUCUGAGUCCAGUCAUGCAGAAUGGUGUGAAAAUAGACCCAAAGGUAUUAGAUAAAGACAGCUCCGUACGUUGGUCACAACCAGGGGACGCUACAGAAUCUUCAUCCCUUGUUGACUGGAGCAAACCAGUGAUCACGUUUGAAGAUGAACCUCUGAAACUUGACUGGGGGAAUGACCAAAGCAGUUCGCCUGAGGAGGAAGAGGAGAAAGGUUUGCUAAUGAACGAUUUGAAAGUGGACCUGGAAAGUAAAGAGCAAGAGGGGAAAAGCCCUGGUCCCAGCCAAGGUGAGGAUAGUGAGGCCGACAAAAUGGAGGUUGAUGUGAUUGCCGAACAGCUCAAGUUCCGGGCCUGUCUAAAAAUCCUCAUGACAGAGCUGAGAACAUUGGCCACCGGCUAUGAAGUUGAUGGUGGAAAACUCCGUUUCCAGUUGUACAACUGGCUGGAGAAAGAAAUCGCUGCCUUGCAUGAAAUUUGCAACCACGAGGCCCAGGGCAAAGACGAUAGUCAAACCGAUAGCCAAGUCAUCGGGGAUUUCUUGGGUCACCAAGAGAUGGGGGAGAAGAUGGCAGUGGGCUCCUACGAGUGGCAUCAGAUUGAGCGGCGACGGUUGCAAGCCAAGCGGGAACAUGCCGAGCGGCGGAAAUGGUGGCUCCAGAAAAACCAGGCACUUCUCCGGGUUUUUCUAAGCUAUUGCAGCCUUCACGGGGCCCAAGGAGGCGGUCUGGCUUCCGUAAGAAUGGAGCUGAAGUUCUUGUUGCAGGAAUCUCAGCAGGAAACUACUGUCAAACAGCUGCAGUCACCCCUUCCACUCCCCACAACAUUACCACUACUCUCGGCCAGCAUUGCUGCCACAAAAACCGUGAUCGCCAAUCCCGUCCUCUACUUAAACAACCACAUCCACGAUAUCCUCUACACUAUUGUCCAGAUGAAAAUGCCCCCACAUCCCAACGCUGAAGAUGUCAAGGUCUUUACUCUCUAUUCUUUAGCUGCUUCCCUUUCUGCAUCUAUUUAUCAAGCCUUAUGUGACAGCCAUAGCUACAGCAGUCAGACAGAAACAAAUCAGUUCACAGGAAUGGUUUACCAAGGGCUACUGCUGAGCGACCGUCGUCGCCUGAGGACAGAGAGCAUUGAAGAACACGCCACACCGAAUUCGCUGCCUGCUCAAUGGCCUGGUGUGAGCUCCCUACUCAAUCUCUUAAGUACAGCCCAGGAUGAGGAUCAACCGAAGUUAAAUAUCUUGCUCUGUGAAGCUGUGGUGGCCGUGUACCUGAGUCUUCUGAUCCAUGCCCUUGCAACAAAUGCUUGCAAUGAAUUAUUCCGGCUGGCAGCCCAUCCUCUGAACAACCGAAUGUGGGCAGCAGUCUUUGGAGGAGGAGUGAAACUUGUGAUUAAACCCAGGCGGCAAUCAGAAAAUAUUCCAGCCCCUCCAGUCCCUGCAGAAGAGACAGAUAAGCAUCGCCGGAGGUUCAACAUGCGAAUGCUAGUGCCUGGGAGACCCGUCAAGGAGAGCGUGGUCCCUCCCCCGGUCCCUGCAGAAAGACCUUCGUACAAAGAAAAAUUCAUCCCCCCAGAGCUCAGCAUGUUAGACUAUUUUGUGGCUAAGCCCUUCCUUCCUUUUUCAGACAGUGGGGUGAUGUACGAUUCUGAUGAAAGCAUCCAUAGCGAGGACGAAGACGAGGAUGCUUUCCUCUCUGAUACACAAAUGCUGGAGCACAGGGAUGGCAAUUCGUACAGCUGGGCUCUUAUCCAUUUGGCAAUGGUAAAACUUGCUCUGAACAAUAUUAAGAACUUUUUCCCCAUUACUGGCUUAGAACUAUCUGAGCUCCCCGUCACAUCACCUCUGGGUACUGCUGUGAUUAAAAAUUUGGAAAAUUGGGAACAGAUCCUGCAAGAAAGAAUGAACCGCUUUGAAGGUCCCCCACCAGAUUACAUCAGUACCUGUUUCCCUGAACUUGGGAUGGGAGCCGGAGCAGCGGCGGCCCGAAUCAAAGCCAUGGUUGAUCCCGAAAACACACCAUUUAAAUCAAAAGAUUAUUCAGCAUUGCCAGCUAAGAGACUGUGGCAUUUUCUGGUGAAACAAGAAUUAUUGCAGGAUACUUUCAUUCGAUACACAUUCACCAAGAAAAGAAAACAAAGUGAGUCUGUAGAAGACCGUGAGGAGCAGGUCACAAAACAGAGCAGCAUAGCAGAAGAUGGCAAAGCCAAGGUGGAGGCAGAACUUGGCUACCCAGGAGGAAGAGCCAAAAUUAUACACAAGGAAUCGGAUAUGAUCCUGGCAUUUGCAGUGAAUAAGGCAAACAUCAAUGAGAUCGUUUUAGCUUCUACCCACGAUGUGCAAGAACUGGACGUGUCCGCUCUCUUGGCCGCGCAGCCCUACAUAUGGAUUGGAGAAGAGUGUGACCGGGAAUCAAAAAGUUCAGAUGACGUUGAUUUUCGUGGUUCCACCACAACACUUACACAGUCUAGCGCUGCAUCUUUUGCAGUGGCUCAGAUGCAGCACGUUUCAAACCUGUCAACUUCGUCAGUGCCGUGGCUGGGCAGUGGGCAGACUAGUACUGGAGCUGGUAUACUCAUCAAACGGAAUUUGAACAACGUCAAAAGAAUGACAUCUCACCCAGUCCAUCAAUAUUAUCUUACGGGAGCCCAGGAUGGCAGCGUCCGAAUGUUCGAAUGGACCAGACCCCAGCAGUUGGUAUGCUUCCGGCAAGCAGGCAACGCCAGGGUUACUAGAAUGUAUUUCAAUUCUCAGGGCAAUAAGUGUGGGGUAGCUGAUGGAGAGGGAUUCUUAAGUAUUUGGCAAGUAAACCAAAUUUCAAGUAAUCCUAAACCCUAUCUGAGCUGGCAGUGCCACAGCAAAACCACGAGUGACUUUGCCUUCAUUACCUCUUCGAGUCUAGUAGCCACAUCUGGACAGUCCAACGACAACCGAAAUGUGUGCUUGUGGGACACCUUGGUGUCAUCAUCUAACAGCCUCAUACAUGCCUUCACGUGCCAUGACCAUGGCGCCACAGUGCUUCAGUACGCACCAAAACAUCAGCUGCUGAUUUCCGGAGGCAGGAAAGGACACAUCUCCAUCUUUGAUAUCCGGCAAAGGCAGGCCCUUCACACAUUUCAAGCGCAUGAUUCUGCAAUCAAGGCCCUCACAGUGGACUCCUCAGAAGAGUGUUUCUGCACAGGUUCUGCAGAAGGCAAUGUAAAGGUCUGGAGACUAACUGGCUAUGGUUUGAUCCAUUCCUUCAAACACGAACAUGCUAAGCAGUCAAUCUUCCGUAACCUGAGCACAGGCGUCCUGCAGAUCGAAAUGGCCCAAGGCAAUCGCAUUUUCUCCUGUGGAGCAGACGGUACCCUCAAGAUGCGGGUUUUACCCAACGCUUUCAAUAUUCCCUCGAACCUGUGUGACAUUAUGUAGCCCUUGCAGCUGUCCCAUCCGAAGAAGGCCUGACCUUCCAUCAAGAGUUAAAGGAAUGCUUCUCUAUACUUGGCUUUCCAAGAAAUUGUCGCAACAUUUAAUACCAGUAUUUGAAUUAACAGGAAGAGCAAGGUCUGGAUUUACACACACACAUUUGUAUUGUUCCAAGCACUGCAGCGGUGCUAGGGGUGCACCAAGCAGAGGUUGGUGGGGAAAGCAUGCCCUGUCUCAGAGUUAGAUUUUCCAGGGGACCCGUAGCUGGCCUUCUGACUCAAGCCUUGUUCACUCACAUAAGCCCAAAGAGGCUUACAGUCUUGUGGUUGCGGCAAAUAUCUAAAAUAAGCUUUUUUUUUUUCAGUGUCCUUUGAACCGUCAAAUCCUCCUCCCUCAAUUGAAGCAUGUCCAUUUCUUUUCCAAUUCUGAAAGGAUGUAAGGAUGUUUUGAGGGAGUGCAGUGUUUAGGGUAUUAUUUUUAUUCGUAAAAAUUUAGUUGGGUCAUAUAACUAACGACGAUGUGAUGAAUGCACUAUUUAUGGGCUGAUGUGCAAUGAGGAACGGUUUGGUGGCUCUUGAGUUUUUUUUUAUUUAAUUCUGAGAUCCUUCCCUCUCCUUCUCCAGUUCGUAUCGAUGCACAGCAGUACUGGGCUUCUCUACACGGCACAGUUCAUGGAAUCAAUUUGUUUUUCUUAAAUUGCAUAUUAAUGUUGACCCCUUUGGACAGUAGGCAUUUUGAAACAUAGCAUUGCCAUCAAAAACAAAAUCCUGGUGUUUCCAUUUCCAGGCAUAUCUUUGUGCAAUAUUUAGCCCAUAUUUUGACAUCAGUUACCUCAUUUCUCCAUGCCCUUGAUGGAAAGAGCUGGGAAUUAAGCACAGUAAUGCUCUCAAGAUGUGAAGGUUAUAGCAAACAUGAUUGAGAAGACCCCUCCAUCUUUGUUCUGAAGACUCUCCAUCUCACACCACAUUCUACUUGACGGAUUCCUCCUUUUCCCCCCAUUUAUUUUCAGCCUUGCCGUUUGCAUCAGGAAUGUAUUAUGGGCACGAAAAGUUUGCAAGAAACCAGAGCUUAUUUCUCAUUGUUGGUUGAGUUUUAUUUGGGCCAAGAAAAACACACACGUAUACAUACACACACACACACACAACACUUUACUAAAUAAUGCUGUGGGAGAAUCCAGUAGCAAACCGAUCCAAUGCACAUUUGAGAUAAACAUCAGCCUUCCACUUGGCCAGCUAGUAAAGAGUUGACAAAUUCAAACCGAUUUCCACAGCAUAUUGUAUAAACUAUGCAGAAGUCAAUCUUGUUUGCUUGUAAUAUACUUGCUCUUGUUUGUCAUAUUUAGAUGUAUUUUUUCUCUCUUCCAAACAAGCCAACACAUUCUUACUAAGAUAAACAGCUGAUGUCUGUGUAUUUCAAUGUUGAUGAAUUGUAUUUUUUUUUUCCUCUCGUGUUUGUGUCUGUGCUGUACCGUACGAGAGAAACUGAAGAUGAUAGGAUAAAUUGCACCUUCGUCUAAAAGCAAUUUUAACUGCAAGCUGUGAAGUAUGUAUAUGAGAAGAAAGCAAAUAUCAUUUGUUAGUUUUAUCUUUGUAAGUUAAAUAAAUUCCUUUUAUUUCACAGAA